UUCGGCCUCCAGGGGUCGCUGCAGUGAAGUGAGUUCCUCUGUUCUGUGAUGUUUAGGGGGUCCAGGCUGGUCCAGCCACUCAGACCUGCGUCUAGAAGGGCAGCAAAAACUUCAGCAGAGACUUGUCUUCUGAUAACGAGCUCUACACACUGUUCUCCAGACUCGGAUUAGGAGCGGAGCACUUCUGGAAGCGCGCGAACAUGGACGAUCUAGACGCCUUGCUUGCAGAUCUCGAGUCUUCCACCGCCCAUAUUUCCAAGUGCCCAGUGUUUCUUCCUGAGGAGACACCAUAUUCCUUCCCCACCGGAGGGCACCUUUUUCAGGAUGACUCCUCCUCCGCCCCUGCCCCCUCCACCCACAUCUGAGGCCCUGAACGGAUCGCUGUCCCCGCAGCCGGACUCCCAGCACUCCUCGCAACAGUCUCUGGGCUCUGCUCAUAAAGGCACGUUGUCUCAGGACAGCAGUCCACCAGCCUCACAUACAGAAGAAGACCACGUUUACAGUUUUCCUAACAAGCAGAAGCACUCAGACUCAUCGGCUGCAGCCAUGACUUCUGCCCUGGGCAGCAACCUGUCUGAACUGGACCGCCUUCUUCUGGAACUCAACGCUGUACAGCAAAAUGCCCCAUCUUACUCCACUACAGAAGAUGUUGCACCUCCAUUGCCACCAUGCAGUGUUGCCCACUAUAUCCAGGAAAAUGGAGCCCACCCAAGCAUCACACUGACACCAGCAGCCCAGGACAAGCCUCAGGGGAAUGGAACGAAGGGGACAGAAGAUGGUCGUCCCACUGUGGAAAGUCUUCUGAAUGAGUUGGAGUGCUCUGUGCCUUCCCCAACACCAAGCCCCUGUGCUCUGAUGAGUGAAUUGACAGACGGGCAGGUGGACACACCUUCCGAGCAGCAAGGCAGAAUAUCAGCCACCUCCGCUACACGAGAACUGGAUGAGCUCAUGGCCUGCCUGUCAGAUUUUAAGGUGCAGGGCAAUAUUAUGGCCCAGGGGAAGGGUCCACAACCACAGGUUAAUAAACUGGACAACAUGCUGGGCAGUCUUCAGUCUGACCUCCACAAGCUGGGAGUGCAGACGGUUGCUAAGGGAGUGUGUGGUGCCUGCUGCAAACCCAUUGUUGGCCAGGUAGUGACUGCCAUGGGGCGCACAUGGCAUCCAGAGCAUUUUGUGUGCACACACUGCCAAGAGGAGAUUGGUUCCAGAAACUUCUUUGAGAGGGAAGGACAGCCAUACUGUGAGAGAGAUUACCACCAUUUAUUCUCUCCGCGCUGCUAUUACUGUAACGGACCCAUUCUGGAUAAAGUGGUGACGGCGUUAGACAGGACGUGGCAUCCUGAGCACUUUUUCUGUGCCCAGUGUGGGGCGUUCUUUGGUCCUGAAGGAUUUCAUGAGAAGGAUGGGAAAGCGUACUGUCGUAAGGACUACUUCGACCUGUUUGCUCCUAAAUGUGGCGGUUGUGCUCGUGCCAUCCUGGAGAAUUACAUCUCUGCCCUGAGCGCCCUCUGGCAUCCAGAGUGUUUUGUGUGCAGAGAGUGCUUCACACCCUUUGUCAAUGGCAGUUUCUUCGAGCACGACGGUCAGCCGUACUGUGAGGUUCAUUAUCACGCCCGCCGCGGUUCGCUGUGUUCCGGCUGUCAGAAACCCAUCACGGGCCGCUGCAUCACAGCCAUGGGCAAGAAGUUUCAUCCUGAGCAUUUUGUCUGUGCCUUCUGCCUCAAGCAGCUCAACAAGGGCACCUUCAAAGAGCAAAACGACAAGCCUUACUGCCAGGGCUGCUUCAUCAAGCUCUUCAGCUAGAAAGAUGCCCGACUGACUGAUUGAGUGUGUGUGUGUGUGUGUGUGUAAGUUUGCAUGUUGUAUUGUGUGUGUGUGUGUGUGUGUGUGUGUGUGUGUGUGUGUGUGUUUGUUGUUCAGGUUAGUGUGUCUGACUCUCAACAUCCCCACAUGACGUUGCUGGUCAUAAAACGAUGGUGCCAUGAAACGUGCUCUCAAAAGCCAGGUUAUUUUAGAGGGUAUUAGAGGAAAGUUCAGUUGAGACUAGAGUUUUUUUGAGAAAGUGUGUGAAUGUUUUCUGCUCACUGGAUGAGCUGGAGAGAAACCGUUUGAUGAUGAGAACAGUUCAGGAGGGAUGAUGGGAAACGUGUGCAGCAUGAACGUUUGAGACACAAUCAACAGAAGGAAACGAAACAUCAGAUCAUUCAAUGACUGGAGCCAAUAAUUACUGGUGAAUCUCAUGAAAAAAUGUCCAGGUCAUAUAGUAUUAGUCUGAAACCAAAAGGAAAGAUAAGAAAUCAUAUUUUGCAUUAAAAACAUUUAAGCCAGUUUAAGAAUAUUACAUUUUUUUGCAUUGAGACAUUAUUUUCAGAAAAAAAUAAACACUUUUUCUACUAUAUUUUCCAUUAUGGUGUUACCAAAAAAUCAUUCUCAUUACAGUAAUAUAAUGAAAAAAAUAUCCUGUCCAAUAACAUUUUUAUUAUUAUUAUUAUUAAUAAUUAUUAUUGUUGUUGUUGUAUUUUUUUUUUUUAUUAAUAAUAUUCAUAAUAUUGAUGUUGUUUUAAAUUGUCUUAAACUCAGCAAAACGAAUAUUACUAUGAAGUAUAAAUCCUUCAUUGUUAUUACUCCUAAAAUAGGCUUCAUUUUCUUUUAUGCAAAAUAUAAUUUAUUGAUCUUUCUUUUUAUUUUGGUGUGAAAUAUGGCCCGGAUGUGUUCUUUUGAGCUUCACCUUGGUGGGAAAAUGUCUAUUUGCUGCAUUUGCAUCAUUUUAGCAUUAAACUUCACCUCAAUGAAUUGCUACAUUUAGUGCCUUGUUUUGUAUUACAAAUUUAACUGAAUUUAAAAGACGCAAAGUAUACCAAAUGUGUAGUUUUGCAUACAAGAUAUAACGCAACGAUUCUAAUCCAUGUUGAAGUUGUAAUUGAGAGACUGAAGUUCAGAUUAUUCUGUGUAGUAACUUCUAAUGACGAGUUUAAUUAUUACUGACAUCUGGAACCCAUAGAAAUGAAUGUAUCCUUCUGUUAAUCGUUCACUUCUGCCAUCGUCUGCAUGGAAUUCGCAGGAGUUUAUGCGUCCCAUCUCAAAGUAUUAUUUUAUUAAAGGAACGUAUGGGAUUAAAUACAAUUUAAGAGACAAAAUCAUUUCUACUUGUUCUUUAAUUUGUUAAAUCAAAGGAAAAUAUGUGUUUACAGUACUGUAAACACACAUUUCCUUCAUUUUUACACUGACAAGUCAAAACUAUAUUCUCUGGUGUCAAUAGAGCUUAAGCUUUUAUUAUUAUUUAACCCAGAAUAUUUCUCUGAAGGAACCAGUCACGUAUGGCAUUUUGUGAAAUGUUUUGUAGUUAGGAUGACUGGCUAUUAGGUUUUAAUCACAAAAUAGUCACUACAUAACCACUGACGAUUCUAAUAAUCCACUUAAAGGAAUAGUUCACCCAAAUGUGAACAUUUACUGAAGAUGUGCUCACCCUCAGGUCAUCCAAGAUGUGGAUGAGUUUGUUUCUUCAUCAGAUUUGGAGAAAUGUUGCAUUGCAUCACUUGCUCAGCAAUGGAUGCUCUGCGGUGAAUGGGUGCCGUCAGAAUGAGAGUCCAAACAGCUGAUAAAAACAUCACAAUAAUCCACACCACUCCAGUCCAUCAGUUAAUGUCUUGAGAAUUGAAAAGUCCAUCUCCUGUUGUCUCUCGCAUUAAAAUCCACCCACAUAUUUGUUUAGAGAUGUUUUGGAUUAUUGUCAUUUGGAUUUAUCAGCUGUUUAGACUCUCAUUCUGACGGCACCCAUUCACUGCAGAGGUUCGAUUGGUGAGCAAGUGACGUGAUCCUACAUUUCUCCAAAUCUGAUGAAGAAACAAACUCAUCUACAUCUUAGAUGGCCUGAGGGCGAGUACCCUUCAGCAUAUUUAAAUUUUUAGGUGAACUAUUGCUUUAACUGAAAUCAAAGAUGUGAUAUUGUUAAUCUAAAUAGCUGUGACAAUAUUGUGCAAUUCUCAACCCUUGAAUUCAGUAUAUGAUUUGAUUGGAAAUGAGUAUCUGAUAUUGUCUUGCUCACUCUCUGAGACAAUUCUAGACAAUAUUGUAACUGCUGUAUUAUGAUAUUUUGAUAUACUAUACUAAUUCUUUUUUCUCUCUCUUUUGUUUUUUUUUUCCGUUUUGCAUGAAAGUCUUAAAUGUCUUUCAAUCAUUUUAAAAGGCGAGUUUUGAAAACUCGUGACGUUACGAAGGGGUGAAUCGAUGAAGACUUUCUUAUAUUUUUAGAAACGUGUUGUCACUGGAACAGAAGUGAUUUUCAGAUCAAGAAUAUUAAAUGUAUACGGUUCCUGGUGUCUGUUGGAACUGUGUGGCUUUCUGGAUGUCUGUCAACAAGGAUUGCGAAUAUGAUUUGUUGGAUGCAUUGGAUAAAUAUACCAGCAAGUGUUUAUUAUAUGAAAGCUUUUAUAGGACCCAAUGUGCCAGAAAUCUGUACGUCAUUCUGCCUCAUCCGCUGUUGAGAAAACACUACUUUGAAAGUAGAAAAUACUUGUUCUGGUUUGUUUUAUGAAAUUCACUAUGAAUAUGCCUUCUUUGAUAACUCAAUUGUAAUAAUCUGUCGCUGUUUGUUUUGCUCCUAAUCGCUAUGUGCCAAAAUAAUGUGCGGUGGAAAUAUAGGGAUCAUAUGAUAUCCUUAUGUGUGUUAAUCACUCAUUUACACUGGUCGAAUGUUGUGCCUUUGUUUAUUUUGAGAUUUUCUAUCAUAUAAAUUGAUCUGAUGCUUUUCUAUUUCUGUUCAUCAAUCAUUCUUUUAGUGUCCCUUUACAAAUAUUAUCAUUUACCCAAUGUGAAAUCAGCUAUGCAUAUUUUUUUUCUCCUGUAACACUGUCACAUUUUGUUCUGUGAGUAUUGGUUAUUGUUUCAAUUCAUGCAAUUAUAUACAAAUAAAUUUGGUGUUUUAAUGCACUGAAUAUUU